CCAGGCCGCCUCCCAUUGGCCCGUAAAGUCGAACUGCUAGGAGGCGGAGCCUAUGAUGACGCAAGGUUGGUCAGCUGUAGAGUGACCCGAACCGGAUCUGGUCCGUUUUUCCCUCAGAGGCCGGUUUGAGCGGACGAUUCACCUCACUCCCUUCGCAAGGGUUUCCUGCAGCUGCUUCUUGGCCCUGCUUUCGCUUCCACCAUGGCGCUCAGCGAUGCCGACGUCCAGAAACAGAUCAAGCACAUGAUGGCUUUCAUAGAACAGGAAGCCAAUGAAAAGGCAGAAGAAAUAGAUGCUAAGGCGGAAGAAGAAUUCAAUAUUGAGAAAGGUCGUUUGGUCCAAACACAGAGACUGAAAAUCAUGGAAUAUUAUGAGAAGAAAGAGAAACAAAUUGAACAGCAGAAGAAAAUUCAGAUGUCCAACCUGAUGAAUCAGGCAAGACUGAAGGUCCUCAAAGCCCGGGAUGAUCUGAUUGCGGAUUUAUUAAGUGAAGCCAAGCAGAGACUGACUAAAGUAGUAAAGGAUUCGGGCAGGUAUCAAACUCUGUUGGAUGGUUUGAUUCUACAGGGAUUUUAUCAAUUACUUGAGCCUAAAAUGACGGUUCGUUGUCGGAAGCAGGACCUUCCUUUGGUUAGGAAUGCCGUUCAGAAGAGCAUCCCAAUCUAUAAAGCUACCACCAAGAAAGAAGUUGAGGUUCAAAUUGAUCAGGACACAUUUCUUUCUGAGAACAUUGCUGGAGGUGUUGAAAUCUAUAACAGUGAUGGUAAAAUUAAGGUUUCCAAUACUCUGGAAAGCCGUCUGGAUCUGAUGGCCCAGCAGAUGAUGCCAGAGGUCCGAACAGCACUUUUUGGUGCCAACAGCAACCGGAAAUUCUCGGACUAAAUUCCUUGAUGGUGGAGCAUCUUCCAUUGCCAUAGUGAAGUGAGAUGCAUAGCACCUCAGUUUAAAAAAAAACUUGCAAUAUAUCCAGGUCUAUAUUGUGCUGUCCUGUACAUUUUAGUCAAUUAAGUUAUUUUGGGGAAUACCUGCUGUGCUUAGCCUGACUGGGAAACCUCUGUCCACAGUGAGAUGGUUUAUGAUAUGAAAAGCUGAGACAUUUGAGUUCUUUGGGGAGCAGCGACUUCACCCACUUCUCUCAAAGCAUGUCGCCAGUUUGUGCUGCUUAUGUCUGUCUUUCCUUACAAAAGCAUACAUUUCUCUCGAGGGACAAUGUAACCCUCAUGUGACUGUGGCCAGUCCCAGGUUUUUGUUCUGUAUAUGUGGUUAAACUGCUGUCUGUGCACAUUUCAGGCACACUCUCUGAUCCUGUAUUAGUUUAAUAAAGGUGUGUAAAACUGUUUGCUACAGUA